AUGUCUGACAUAGCAGAAAGAAUAGCUGCAGCUCGUAAGGAAGCUGAAACUUUAAAAGAAAAAAUCAAAAUGAAAAGAGAUUCGAUUGUAAUGAAAAUUCGUCGUACACUUAAAGGACAUCUUGCCAAAAUUUAUGCGAUGCAUUGGGCAUCAGAUCAAAGGCAUUUGGUAUCUGCAUCACAAGAUGGUAAACUUAUUGUUUGGGAUGCACCAACCACCAACAAAGUUCAUGCUAUUCCGCUUAAAUCGUCAUGGGUGAUGACAUGUGCUUAUGCACCAACUGGAGACUUUGUUGCUUGUGGAGGUCUUGACAACAUAUGUUCUAUAUAUAAUUUGAAAACAAAAGAAGGCUCUGUCAAAGUUGCCAGAGAAUUAGCGGCUCACACCGGCUACCUUUCUUGUUGUCGGUUCAUUAGUGAUAGACAAAUAUUAACGUCGUCAGGUGAUAUGACUUGUAUGCUUUGGGAUAUUGUUGCUGGUAUGAAAGUAUUAGAGUUUAACGAUCAUACUGGUGAUAGAAUAGAGGUUGAUCAUAUUGAUCCUUUAACAAAUGAUGAAAUAGAUAUUGAUCUUACAAAAACCCAUAGACUUCAUUUAUCAACACCAAUAGUUAAUAAUUGUAAAAUAUAUGAAUCUAAUGAUGAUGAUGUUAGAGAGGUUUGUGAUUAUAAAACCCAUAGACUUCAUUUAUCAACACCAAUAGUUAAUAAUUGUAAAAUAUAUGAAUCUAAUGAUGAUGAUGUUAGAGAGGUUUGUGAUUAUAGUGAAUGUAAUAGUAGCACUGGAAUAGAUUCCACAUCAGAAGAAAUAGAUAUGCAAUCAGAUGGUGAUGAUGAAAUUGAAAUCACAAGAGAAGGAGAACGUUGGAAUUCUAUCAUAAAUGAUGGAUCAACAAGAAAAUCAAUUUCAUGA